AUGGACCGUGGGCUCGGGGGUUCGCUCGCUGGCGGCGUGGCGGGCUAUUAUCUCGGUCAUGAGAAGGAACAUGGCUUGCUAGGUGCGAUUGGUGGUGCUCUCCUCGGGAACUUUCUGGAGGACAAAGUGAAGGAUCUCAAAAAGCAUGACGAUGUUAGCGAACAUGAGAAUGAUCACGAUGAUCAUCAUCACCGUCGCCGCCAUCACCAUCACCACCACUAUAGCCAUCGGAGCCAUUCGAGUCAGAGUAGUCAUAGCGGCCAUACCGAUCACAGCGGGCAUUUUCAUAGUUCUCGUCACACCAGCCAUUCGAGGCACCACCAUAAGGGUGAACACUUAAGUUGA